GCGCAAAUCAACAAUGAGCCAAAACCAAGAUGGCGGCGGUUGUUGAAAAUGUUGUCAAACUCAGAUACCAGGAACUGCUGUUCCCAGGCACCAGCACUAACCUUAAGGUUUCAACCAGAACUCCACUAAUACCUUUCUGGUGGUCCUGUAAAGCUACUCACAUCAGGCUGGGAGAGCAGUACUAUAGAGAUGCCAUGGAGCAAUGCCAUAACUACAAUGCCCGCCUGUGCGCAGAGAGGAGCGUGCGCAUGCCCUUCCUGGACUCUCAGACGGGCGUGGCGCAGAGCAACUGCUACAUCUGGAUGGAGAAGCGACACAGGGGCCCAGGCAUGGCUCCUGGGCAGCUGUACACGUACCCGUCCAGGAGGUGGAGGAAGAGAAGAAGAGCCCAUCCUCCGGAGGACCCCAGACUGGCUUUCCCCUCUCUCAAGUCAGAGCUGGACCUGGGCUUGAAGAGGGAUGUCCUGGGGGCCUCCGAUGGCAGCAGCCUGGAGGCCCUCCUGAAGGGGGAGCCCCUGGACAAGCGGGGGCCCCCGGAUCUGCGGGUCCCAGACGAAGACCCCAGAAAGAGAGUCCUGGAGCCGGAUGACUUCCUGGAUGAUUUGGACGAUGAAGAUUACGAGGAGGACACCCCGAAGCGGCGAGGCAAAGGGAAGGGGAAGGGCAGAGGAGCGAGCAGCAGGAAGAAACCGGAUGCUGCAGCAGCUCUGGAGGACAAGGACAAGCCUUACGCCUGUGACAACACUUUCAAACAAAAGCAUAGUUCCAAACCUUCCGAACGAGUCUGUGGGAAGCGCUACAAGAACCGUCCGGGCCUGAGCUACCACUACGCUCACUCCCACCUGGCAGAGGAGGAGGGCGAGGACAAGGAGGAGGCUGAGGUCCACGACACCCCACCUCCACAGCCCGACGAACCCAAAACCCCCAAGAAAGGGCCGGACGGGCUGGCCUUGCCUAACAACUACUGUGACUUCUGCCUGGGGGACUCCAAGACCAACCACAAGACGGGCCAGUCAGAAGAACUGGUGUCCUGUUCAGACUGUGGUCGCUCAGGGCACCCGUCCUGUCUGCAGUUCACCCCGGUCAUGAUGGCAGCGGUGAAGACCUACCGCUGGCAGUGCAUCGAGUGCAAGUGCUGCAACAUGUGCGGCACGUCGGAGAACGACGAUCAGCUUCUGUUCUGUGACGACUGUGACCGAGGCUACCACAUGUACUGCCUCAGCCCCCCCAUGAACGAGCCCCCAGAAGGUAGCUGGAGCUGCCGCCUGUGUUUGGACCUCCUGAAAGACAAGGCCUCUAUAUACCAGAACGCCCCUCCGUCUUGAUAUAUACACACACACACACACCCCUGCAGUGAGGUUCUCUGUCAGGGGAGAGGUGGAGGGGCAGCAGAGAAGCUGGUACCACAGACGAACCUAAGACGUGAAAAGGGAAGGACACCUUUAAAACCCCUGUGCAAUAUACGCCUUGGUCUGCUCCAUAUUACUGUUACACAGUUCACAGUUCAAAUCACCCACAGGCUCUCCUUUCUAACUGUUCGUCAAUUUAGCCAAGUCCCAAGAAUCCUGAAUGAAAUUCUCCUUUUAUUCCACGAUAUAUCAGUUUUGGCAACUAGUAGACAGAGAAGUAGUUGGAAUGAACUAGAAUGCCAAUUCUCCUUCGUAGUAAGAAACGUUUUUGUAUAAUUAUAUAUUUGUAUAGCUUAUAAAGGGUGUGAAUGGUUUAUAUGUUGUAAUGAUAGUGGUUGUUAUAGCAUUUGACACAAUAUCUUAUCUACUUCCGUCAGAGAGGAAGAGAGGACGGCCAUUGCUGUCGAAUGAACAGGACACAUUUCAUCACCUCCAGUUGUUGCCAAACAUGGUUUUAAUAUGAGCUGACAACAUCACGAUAGGUUCCUAUACAAGGGGAGCUGACGGCC